GGCCAAAGUAGCGCCAGCACUCGACGCAACGCCAGCAGGGGAAGUACUGUUCGAAGCACGUGACUACUUCGAAGUCCGAGAGCACCAGUAUGAAUAUUUCGUCCGUCUUAAAGAUGGUGGUAACCACCGUAUGUUCCAACUAUCUGCACAAUGGCACCAAGAUGGAGGUGCCCGAAGGUGAGCCGGACCCCGGAUGCAUCCUUCGAUCACCGAAGCUAAUGGAGGGGAAGACUAUCAGAAUAGGGACGUUGGAAAAUCCUCCGUUGACGCUGACCAAUAAUACUGAUGGCGCUCUGGUUGGACAAGGAGUCAUUUUUGAGAUAGUGGAUAUUCUGAAGCAUAAGUUGGGCUUCAGCUACGAAGUGGUGAAGCCGGAGUCAAACAUACUAGGAGACGAAAAUCACGGAAUCAUUGGACUUGUGCACAAGAAGCAGGUGGACGUGGCGGUGGGCUACCUGCCGCAGUUCUCGCAGCACGCCAAGCUGGUGCAGCACUCGGAGAGCCUGGCCGAGGCGCCCUGGGUGUUCCUGAUGAAGCGGCCGCUGGUGUCUGCGUCUGGCACGGGCCUGCUGGCGCCGUUCGACGCCACCGUCUGGUACCUGGUGCUGGCCUCCGUGGUGCUGAUGGGGCCCGCCAUCUACUUCAUCAUCCUGGUGCGCGUGCGCCUCUGCGCCGGCUCGGCGCGCCUCACGCGCAUCUUCCCACUCAGCUCCUGCGUCUGGUUCGUCUACGGCGCCCUCAUGAAGCAGGGCUCCACCCUCAUGCCUGUCACAGACUCAUCCCGGCUGCUGUUCGCCACUUGGUGGAUUUUCAUCACACUGCUGACCUCCUUCUACACGGCCAACCUCACAGCUUUCCUGACGCUGUCGCGCUUCACCCUGCAGAUCACUGACCUCAAAGACAUAUCAACUAAGAAGGCGCACUGGGCGGCGCAGAAGGGCAGCGCAAUGGAAUACCUCGUCUAUAACAAUGAUGAGUACAGCUUCCUCAAUCUGUCGUUGCAAGCUGGAUACGGCCAGUUCGUCGACGUAAGCGACACUGAGAUGCUACUGAGGAUAAAAAAGGAUGACUUGGUUUACCUGAGGGAGAAACAGCACGUGGAACACACUAUGUUCAGAGAUUACCUGGAGAAGACGCGCAACCCCAAAGUGGAGGAGAAAGAUCGCUGCACUUUUGUGAUGACAAAGGUGCCUUUCUUGCACCUACCCAUCGCUUUCUACUAUCCGCUCAACAGCAGCUUGGCUCACAUAUUUGAUCCACUGUUGAAGGCACUGGUGGAAACUGGGAUAGUCAGGCACUUGCUGCGCAAGGACUUGCCACAGAUCGAGAUCUGUCCACUGGACCUGGGCAGUAAGGAGCGACAGCUGCGGAACUCUGAUCUGUACAUGACGUACAUGAUCGUCGUGACCGGCUUCUGCGCCGCUACCGUCGCCUUCUUCGGAGAAAUUCUUACACGUCAGGUAAAACGAUGUAUUGCUGAAGCAGAGCUGCAGGCAGAAGCAUCUGCAUCUUAUCCAGAUGACUGGAAAACUGUAAAGGCACAAGCCAACAGAGCACCGUACACAAUGUACUUAAAUGGGAAUAUAAUUAAUGUUAAACAGCCAGCCUACAGCAUUACAAAAGAUUUCCAAUCAUCAAGCAGAAAAUCACUGUCAAGGCAGAAAAACAGUAAUUAUGUGUUUCAAUACACAAGUUAAAUAAUACCAAUGAAGAAAAUUUCAGUAGUCAUAACAAGUAGAUUUCUUUUGUUCACACAACAUGCAAAUGUCAUACGUAAGCUAGAGCAGGCAUCUAACAGCAUGAGAAACGGUGAAAAAAUAGUUCAGAUUUGUGCCACCAUCAUAUUAUCUUAAUUUUUUUUCAGAACUACAGGAUUAUUUAUAUCACACUAAAGAUGAAGUAUGUAAGAGGGAGUACAUUGAUGUUUAUCAGAGGCCACAGAAAGAAAGAAAAGUUAGUCUUCUUUUACAAAGUUUUUCCUGUGCUUUUGUAGAUGAGAAAUGAAUAUAAAACUGUUUCAGUCUACUUUUAACUGUAAUAUUCUGUCUUCAUUUUUGACUUAUGUACAGGAUUUUACAUACAAGUUUGC